AUGAAAAUGAGGGCCCUGAGGUCAACUGUGCUUCUGCUCGGUGUUGUGACGUUUGAGACUUUUUCCUCGGCCACUCAAGUGGGCCUGAGUGAGAAAGUCCUGGUCUUUCCUUAUGAGACGGACUUCAGCUUCGUGGCCCUGAUCCCCCAGAAGGAGAUGUCCCUGCGGGCCUUCACCCUCUGCAUGCGCGUGGCCACCGAGCUGCCGGAGGAGCGGCAGAUCAUCCUGUUCGCCUACCGCACGGCCGACUACGACGAGCUCAACGUGUGGCGGGAGAAGGACGGCCGGGUCUCCUUCUACCUGUCCGGCGACGGCGCCUUCUUCCACCUGCCCCCCCUCACCACCUUCCGCACCAGCCUCUGCCUCACCUGGGAGUCCCGCACCGGCCUGGCCGCCUUCUGGGUGGAGGGCAAGCGCAGCACCUACCAGGUGUACAAACCGGGCCACAGCAUCCGGCCCCAGGGCAGCGUCAUCCUGGGCCAGGACCCCGACAAGCACCUGGGGGGCCUGGAGGCCGUACAGAGCUUCGUGGGGGAGGUGGCCGACCUGAACAUGUGGGACUUCGUGCUCUCCAGGAGCAUGAUCCAGGCCUGGCACUACGGACACAAGGUCCCCAAGGGGAACGUCUUCGACUGGGCCACCAUGGAGUAUGAGCUGAACGGCAACGUGAUGGUGGUGGACGACGACUGACUGGAGGCGGAGAGCGGAGCGGGAGCGGACCGGGUCUCUGAGGUCGGCGUGGGGCUGAUCCUGAUGUGUCUCCUGGUCUUUC